CUCCUCUCAAUGCGCUGCGUGCCUCUGAGCCUCCAGUGCGCGCGGGGGUCUCAGCUCAACCUUAGAAUGUCGCAUCAUGAUCAGCUCCUCGUCGCGGUUCUUUCCCUUUAGGACCGGAAACACAGCGAGCAAAAUACCGUAGCCUGAAAACCGCACCGGAGAGCUCUACCGAAACCCUUCUUACGGUACCCCUCACCCCCCUGUCCGCUCUGGAAGCACGUCACCGCGGCAUCUUGUCUUUCUGUGCCCCGCUGCAGAGCCAGAUCAAUCAGACAUACAGAGCGGAUCUACGAGGGGAUAAUCAUCAUCAUGAUCAGUAUCAACAUCUGGACAGAACUGUAACUGAAUUAGCUCCUGAUCUAAUUUCAUUAUUGGAUUCUCCGCUUAAACCCGCAUUAACAGGAUUCUGCCUCCCUACUCGCGCUGUGUCCUUGAGUUCGGCCUGCACGGUUUCCCUCUUUCUAUCCCUCCAUCGCUACUUGGCCUGGCUGUGCCGACUGGUACAGCUGAUUGAGGGCCCCCACCUCUACCUUCAUCUCCUGGACAACUAAACAGAAAAGAGAAGAGGUUCGCCUGUUCCUGGGAUGUUGCUGAUUGGUACCAGGUUAAGCCCUUGUCCCUGACCUCUAACCUCUAACCCAACUGGUUAGCUGUCUCUGAUGAGGUCACUUGUGUCUUAAAGAGAGAACAAAGGAGCUGGUAACCGGAGAGACAAAGAGAGAGAAAGAAAGAGAGAUUAGGAGACUUUGGUUCCAGAUGAGUGAGUGAAACCAUUCCAGAGAAGGAGACACACUAAGGAGAGACGAGAGGACCAAACCAGCGUGUGUCGGUCAGAAUGUCCACCACCGCCACCAUGGGGGAGAUGGCCAACAGUGCUGUGGAGUUCUACCCUAAAGGGCGGAGCAGAGGAGGGGGUGGUAAAGGGGAGAGUAACCAUGCUGCUGGAGGAGAAUUUGGGGCCACGUUGGAGGAGCUCAGGGAAUUGAUGGAGCUCCGGGGAGGAGAGGCCAUUCAGAAGAUAGAGGAGUUGUAUGGAGACACAGAAGGACUGGCUUCACGGCUGCUCACCAACACUACUGACGGUCUGUCAGGUGACCAGGCAGAACUGGAUCGUCGUAUUGAGGCAUUUGGGCAGAACUUCAUCCCACCGAAAAAACCCAAGACCUUCAUAGAGCUGGUCUGGGAAGCUCUACAGGAUAUUACUCUGAUUAUCUUGGAGGUGGCUGCCAUCAUCUCCCUGGGACUGUCCUUCUACCAACCCCCAGGAGGAGACACAGAGGUGUGUGGUAACGUGUCAGGAGGAGCGGAGGAUGAGGGCGAGGCUGAAGCCGGGUGGAUUGAGGGAGCUGCCAUCUUGCUGUCCGUAGUCUGCGUUGUCUUGGUGACGGCCUUCAAUGAUUGGUCAAAAGAGAAGCAGUUCCGAGGGCUGCAGAGUAGGAUAGAACAGGAGCAGCGCUUCGCCGUCGUACGGAAAGGCACUGUCAUCCAGAUCCCAGUAGCUGACAUGGUGGUGGGAGAUAUGGCUCAGGUCAAAUACGGGGACCUUUUGCCAGCCGAUGGGAUCCUGAUCCAGGGAAAUGAUCUGAAGAUAGAUGAGAGUUCUCUGACCGGGGAGUCAGACCACGUCAGGAAGACUGUAGAAAAGGACCCCAUGCUGCUGUCUGGAACCCAUGUAAUGGAAGGUUCAGGCAGGAUGUUGGUGACAGCCGUGGGGGUCAACUCUCAGACCGGAAUCAUCUUCACCCUGCUGGGAGCUGGAGAGGGAGAGGAGGAGGAGGAGGAGAAGAAGAAAGGAAAGCAGCCUGAAGUAGCAGUGGAAAACAACUUGAAUAAAGCCAAGAAGCAGGAUGGGGGUGUAGCCAUGGAGAUGCAGCCUUUGAAGAGUGCUGAGGGAGGAGAGGUAGAGGAGCAGGAGAAGAAGAGAGGGAACAUGCCAAAGAAGGAGAAGAGUGUUCUGCAGGGAAAACUUACCAAACUGGCCGUGCAGAUCGGGAAAGCAGGUCUGGUGAUGUCAGCUAUAACAGUGAUAAUCUUGGUGCUGUAUUUUGUCAUUGAAACGUUCGUAAUAGAAGGACGUGUUUGGCUGGCGGAAUGUACUCCGGUCUAUGUUCAGUAUUUUGUCAAGUUCUUCAUCAUCGGAGUUACUGUGUUGGUUGUGGCUGUACCUGAAGGUCUUCCUCUUGCUGUCACCAUAUCACUGGCCUAUUCUGUCAAGAAAAUGAUGAAGGACAACAACCUGGUGCGUCAUCUGGAUGCGUGUGAGACGAUGGGCAACGCCACGGCCAUCUGCUCCGACAAGACCGGCACACUGACCACCAACCGGAUGACUGUCGUGCAAACUUUCCUAGGUGACCAGCACCAUAGGUCCGUUCCAAAACCAGGCCAGGUCAACCCAAAGACUCUAGAACUACUGGUCAACGCCAUCGCUAUCAACAGUGCCUACACCUCCAAGAUAAUGCCUGCUGACCAGGAGGGUGGUCUACCUAAGCAGGUAGGGAACAAGACAGAGUGUGGUCUGUUGGGUUUUGUUCUGGACCUGGAACAAGACUACAGCACUGUCCGAGACCGGGUCCCUGAGGAACAACUGUACAAGGUGUAUACAUUUAACUCUGUGCGGAAGUCGAUGUCUACAGUGAUCCAGCUGCCAAACGGCUCCUUCAGACUCUACAGCAAAGGAGCCUCAGAGAUUCUCCUGAAAAAGUGUUCCUAUAUCUUAGACGCUCGCGGAGAGCCGCAGACUUUCAGACCCAGAGACAGGGACGAGAUGGUGAAACAGGUGAUCGAACCAAUGGCGUGUGAAGGGUUAAGAACCAUUUGCAUUGCGUUUCGAGACCUUCCAUCCAAUCCCGAGCCAGACUGGGACAACGAGGCCGACAUCGUUACUCAGCUGACCUGUAUAACCGUAGUGGGCAUAGAGGAUCCUGUAAGACCUGAGGUGCCUGAGGCUAUUCGUAAGUGUCAGAAAGCAGGCAUCUGUGUGAGGAUGGUUACAGGUGACAACAUCAACACAGCCAGGGCUAUAGCAGCUAAAUGUGGCAUAAUCCAUCCUGGGGAAGACUUCCUGUGCAUCGAUGGGAAAGAGUUCAACCGCCGAAUCAGGAAUGAGAAAGGAGAGGUAGAGCAGGAGCGGAUCGACAGAGUCUGGCCUAAACUACGAGUGCUUGCUCGCUCCUCCCCCACCGACAAACACACACUGGUCAAAGGCAUCAUGGACAGCACUGUGUUGGAGCUGAGGCAGGUUGUCGCGGUAACAGGGGAUGGGACCAAUGACGGGCCAGCACUGAAGAAGGCGGACGUGGGCUUUGCCAUGGGCAUCGCAGGGACGGACGUGGCCAAGGAGGCGUCCGACAUCAUCCUGACGGAUGACAACUUCAGCAGUAUAGUGAAGGCUGUGAUGUGGGGCAGGAACGUCUACGACAGCAUCUCCAAGUUCCUCCAGUUCCAGCUGACUGUCAACGUGGUGGCUGUCAUCGUGGCCUUCACCGGGGCCUGUAUCACACAGGACUCUCCUCUGAAGGCGGUUCAGAUGUUGUGGGUUAAUCUCAUCAUGGAUACCUUUGCCUCCCUCGCUCUAGCAACAGAACCCCCAACAGAGUCCCUGUUGCUACGGAAACCCUAUGGCCGCAACAACCCUCUCAUCUCCUUGACCAUGUUGAAGAACAUUCUAGGUCACGGAGUCUACCAGCUCAUCAUCAUUUUUACUUUGCUGUUCAUAGGAGAGCGUAUCUUCAAUAUAGACAGUGGUCGUAAUGCUCCACUCCACUCCCCUCCUUCGGAACACUACACCAUCAUCUUCAAUACCUUCGUCCUCAUGCAGCUUUUCAACGAGAUCAACGCCAGGAAGAUCCACGGUGAACGCAACGUCUUCGAUGGGAUCUUCGCUAACCCCAUUUUCUGUUCCAUAGUUUUUGGAACUUUAGUAAUUCAGGUGGUGAUUGUCCAGUUCGGGGGCAAACCGUUCAGCUGUGCUCCUCUCAACGUGGAACAGUGGCUUUGGUGUCUGUUUGUUGGAGUCGGAGAACUGCUCUGGGGACAGGUUAUUGCCACAGUUCCCAGCGACCGGUUGCCAUGUCUGAAGGAGGCGGGAGCAGCGAUGGCUGCCGUGGAGGAAGAGGAGGAGAUGGAGGAUGGUGAUGAAGAGGGAGAGAUAGACUGUGCAGAGAGAGAGCUACGGCGAGGGCAGAUACUGUGGUGUAGAGGACUAAACCGGAUUCAGACACAGAUGCGUGUGGUCCAGGCCUUCCGUAGCAACGUCUAUGAGACCAGAGAGAAGACAGAAUCCCGGAACUCCAUCCAUAACUUCAUGGCUCACCCAGAGUUCCUGAUCAAUGACCUCAUCCACAACAUCCCUCUAAUUGACGACACAGACAUCGAUGAGGAGUCUGAGCUGAGUCGAUACCAGCACCACCUCCACCCUGCCCUCCGAAAGCCACCCCCACCGCCCGUACAGCCCCCCUCCUCUUCUCGCUCCCGCCCGCCCCGCCCCUACCGACAACACAGCCUCCCCGUCACCCCGACCAACAUAAACAACAACUGCAACAAUGCCACAAUGGUCACCACUGGCAACAGAUACAACUAUUACGAGGUUGUUGCCCCUAGCAACCAGAGCUCCAACAGCUGUAGGGACAAAAGGCUGCUAGCCCCCUCCUACUCCCCUCCAUCCACACGUUGCACCCCGCUUCUCCCCCUCCACUGUGUUGAGACCUCCCUAUAAAUCGAUGAGGUGAGGACAGACAGAUUCACCUUGCUCCCCUAAGGAGACCAGGCUUCCAGGACGUGUUCUGGCACUUCCUUUCUGCUUCUCGUCUCAUCGCUAUAGCGACUGGUUGCUACACCACAGGAGGAAGGAGACAAAUUGUGAUGGCACACUAUACAAAACUCUACACCAAAUCCAACCUCUCCUCUCUCUUCCUACAUGGGCCACUGCUCCAGUUAAACAUCAACUCCCACAAUGCAGCAGUGGAUCCACAAAGUCAUGGGCUCAUAAGGGGGCGGAGUCACUGUUUCUUCAUGAUAAUUACAGCUGUGUUAUUAUGACUACCAUCAUCAUCACCUUAUGGACUCCUAUCAAAUAUAUCCUAUUUAUUUAUUCAUUUAAUGAAUUAUUUAACUUUUUUAUGUUGUUUUUAUUUGAAACGUUAUUGUCCUCAAAGAGGAUGGUUCACAUUUCUUUUGAUUGAUUUAUGCCGUCGGUGUUUUUACGUGUCUUUAUUUUUAAUGACUGUUAAUCAUUCUCUCUUUCAGUGUUUCCAGUGCUGUCGUCUUGUCUGCUCUGAAAAACAUGCAAACAAGGAUACGAUUAAUUUAGACUUAAUAGUGAUUAAUGUCUGACAGAAAAAUACAAAAAAAACUGACCACUAUCCUCUGACCCUAACCCACAGCAGCUCACACUAAUCCCUGACCUAACCCUAAACCUGUAGCGAUUCAUACCCUAAACCUCUCCAUAUUAUCCCCUGCCCUGACCCUCACUCUAACCUCUUACUUCUAAUCCCAAUCUCUCCAUAUUAACACCUGCCCUGACCCUCACUCUAACCUCUUACUUCUAAUCCCAAUCUCUCCAUAUUAACACCUGCCCUGACCCUCACUCUAACCUCUUACUUCUAACCCACAGCUCUACACUCAAAUCCUUACCCAUAGCUCUACCAAUUACCCUGCAUUAACCCUUUAACUAACAUCAACUUUCACUCACAGGCCCUUUAAGAUCAUAACAUCAUGUAUAUUUACAAGUGCUGGUCCUUUAAAACAUCCCAUAUCAAGCCAUAUGAUUUGAAAUCAGAUAUAUAUUAACGAGCGCAGGCCCUUUAAGACAACAUCACAUGUCAAGCCAUAUUAUUUAUCAUUGGUAGUACAAUCCUUGGCCAUCACCCUUCCCCUUUAACCAGUCAUUCAGGCUGAGGUGUCAUCCAUCCCCUUUAACCAGUCAUUCAGGCUAAGGUGUCAUCCAUUCCCUUUAACCAGUCAAUCAGGCUGAGGUGUCAUCCAUCCCCUUUAACCAGUCAUUCAGGCUAAGGUGUCAUCCAUUCCCUUUAACCAGUCAAUCAGGCUGAGGUGUCAUCCAUUCCCUUUAACCAGUCAUUCAGGCUGAGGUGUCAUCCAUUCCCUUUAACCAGUCAUUUAGGCUGAGGUGUCAUCCAUUCCCUUUAACCAGUCAUUCAGGCUGAGAGGCAUCAUCCUUCCCUCAGCUAUUUCAGCUAUCACACAUCUAGCAAAUGUGACGUUGCAUGUGGGAGGACGCAGGAGAACGGAAGACUUGUAAUAAAAACAACUAUGAUGUAAGAAAACUAAAACAGGAAAGAACUGAAAGAACAAGAUACAUUAGAAAAGGAGGAACUUAAAUUGUGACAGUGAUCAGGAACACAGGUGAGGGCGAGUGUAUUUCCAGGUCAUGACAGCAUUCCCCAGAGUUCUUCCAGGAAGUGACAGCAUUCCCCAGCAUCUUUCCAGGACUUGACAGCAUUCCUCAGUCUUUCCAGGAUGUGACAGCAUUCCCCACCAUCUUUCCAGGACGUGACAGCCUUCCCCAAUCUUUCCAGGACAUGACAGUAUUCCCCAGUCUUUGCAAGACGUGACAGCAUUCCCUAGAGUUUUUCCAGGAUGAGACAUCAUUCUCCAGAGUCUUUCCAGGACGUGACAGCAAUCUCCAGAGUCUUUCCAGGACAUGCCAGCAUUCCCUGAGGCUUUCCAGGACAGAACAGCUUUCCCCAGAGUCUUUCCAGGACAUGACUGCAUCCCCAGAGUCUUUCCAGGACGUGAGAGCAUUCCCCAGAGUCUUUCCAGGACAUGACUGCAUCCCCAGAGUCUUUCCAGGACGUGAAAGCAUUCCCCAGAGUCUGUCCAGGACAUGACAGCAUUCCCUGAGGCUUUCCAGGACAGGACAGCUUUCCCCAGUCUUUCUAGGAUGUGACAGCAUUCCCCUGAGUCUUUCCAGGACAUGCCUGCAUUCCCCAGAGUCUUUUCAGGAUGUGACUGCAUUCCCCAGAGUCUUUCCAGGAAGGAUGUUUUCAAUACUUCCGAGGCCAUGGAAAUGCCAUUUGUUUGUUUCUCUGUGUAUGUUGUUGGACAGGACCACAUCACAUAUUAGCAGUGCAAUGUGUAGCCAGGUAUUCCAGAGGUCUGCUCCAGAUUGCAUACCAUCACAAUACGCUGCAUACUAUCGUUAGCCAUGCCUUUACAUUUGGCACAACAUUCCAUGACAUCAAACAACAUUCCAAACAACCCAUCAUCACAUUCCCAGGGUUUCCCGCUAUUAUAAUAACGCUAGGGGUAACUGCCUGUCAAAAGACCAUCAUAACAUUCCAGUCGUAUGCAGAUGACAUCACUGGUGACAUCACGCUGCUGCAUGACAACGCAAACCCCUCCCACAGCCUAAGCCCCGGCUACAAUAUGCAACACUCACACAGGUAGAUGGAUAAAGCUUCGGUCUCUGUGUGUUGCAUUCCAUCAUGUUGAUAUAAAGUCAUGGACAGGAGAGGAGCAAGAAUAGACACCAGGAAUAGUCAUGUAAAAAAAUAUAUUAAAAUAUGUUAAAUAUCACAGUUAUAACAACUAAAGCUUUUCAGCUGCAUCACAACUGUAUAUAAUUAUCAUAAAUCCUGAAUGUCCACAUGUGCAUCUUCAGUUUCAACGUCAUUCUUUCAUCUGAAGUUCCUUUUUCUAUUUUUGUUGAUGUUUUGCUUUUUUGUAAAGAACUACAUUGACACGCUUCUACUUUAUUAUGAUUAUAAUACUUGAGGUUUUGUAUUUUCUGUCUGUUAAACUAAAUUUGGCGCGCUGAGUGGGGACCUUACCCUCUACCAUCUCUGACUCUACCAGAGCGCUGUAGACAGGAAAUACAGCACCUCCAUGUGCAACAAUGAAAAUAGCCCGCCCCCCCACCAAAAAAAGAGUUGAGGAAAAAAAAUUACAAUGUUGAGAAUAGUGAAUAUAAUAAAGUAAUAAUAAAAUUACAUGCCUGCUAAAACAAUGUAUUUGAUGAGGAGAGAACCGAUGUAUCAUGUAGAAUCACCCACUGUAUGGGAUAGAAGACGUGACUAUUGGGUAGAAAGAGCAAGUCUGUAUGAAAGAAAUGAUAAAAGUAUAAUUCUAAAAUGACAACUUU